GCCGUCGUCGUCCCAGCGGCCGGAAGUCUGCAUGAAGCUUUCGUCUCCCUGGCGAGGCGACGACGGCGUCGACGGUUUUUUUUUUCUCCCCCUGCCUGCUUUUUUUUUUUUUUUUUUUUUAAAUACGACACUUUUUUUCUCUUUUUUAUGUUCUCUCACCGCGAUGAGCGGCGAGUCGCCAAGUGAGCCAGCCAGCCAGCCAGCGAGGGUGUUUGUGUUUAGCCAGCAAAGCACACCGAUGGCGCGGCCUCCGCAAAUAAUGGACGAAUCCCAUUUCAACUCGUCCUACUUUUGGUCUCCCGUCCCCACUGUACAAGGACAGGAUUCCUUGCAGUUUUAUGUCCAUGCCGACGCUUCCGCUCUGCCACGCACGCCACCCUCGCGUCGCUCAUGUGACUUCUUUGACGGUUCCGCCAGUCACAUGACCACUCCUGUCUAGGGUUGCAAAGGGGUGGAACAUUGCCGAUUGAGAGCGCCAUGUUCCUGAACAAAACCAAGGAGCAGCUCGGCACCGAGAAGCCGGGCGCGCCGGCGUUCCCGCACUCGGCCGCGUCCUCCGCCGCCCCGCACUACCCCACGGCGGUGCUCGCCAUCCCCGGCCCAGCGGAGGCGGGGCCCGGACUGCGGGUGGUCACCAAACAGGAAGGCAGCGGCUCGGCGGGAGCAGGAGGAGGAAGCGGGUCCAUGGGCGCGCACGUCAACCAGUCGCACACAUCGCAGAACGUCACUGUCGUGCCCGUCCCUUCCACUGGAAUCAUGACCGCAGCGGGCCUGGUCAUCACCACUCCCCCGGGCACGCUGGUGCCCACCGCCUCCACGCAGUCUUUUGUGGCCGGGCCUCACUCGGCCACCACCAUGAUCGUGUCCGCCGUGCACCCCUCAAACGCAGACAAGAAGAACAACGCGGCAGGACCCCCCGCCGUCAUGGCCACGCCGGGCAAGCGGGGUAGGAAGAGCAAGCAGACGAUGAGCAGAACGAGCAGCGUCCUUCCUCCAGGAAGCGAUGCGUUAAUACUGGCCCACCUGGCCGCCACGGGCCAGCAUCAUGCUGCCGAUCCUUAUGACCUCUCCAACGACGAGGACGAGCACUCCAGUAAAGAGGGCCCCAAAUCCUACAGGUGUCGCAUGUGCGCCGUGACGUUCUUCAGCAAGUCGGACAUGCAGAUUCACGCCAAGUCGCACACGGAGGCCAAGCCCCACAAGUGUCCCCACUGCUCCAAGUCCUUUGCCAACUCCAGCUACCUGUCGCAGCACAUCCGCAUCCACAGCGGGGCCAAGCCCUACAGCUGCACCUACUGCCAGAAAGCCUUCCGGCAGCUCAGCCACCUGCAGCAGCACACACGCAACCACACUGAGGCCAAGCCCCACAAGUGUCCCCAUUGCUCCAAGUCCUUUGCCAACUCCAGCUACCUGUCGCAGCACAUCCGCAUCCACAGCGGGGCCAAGCCCUACAGCUGCACCUACUGCCAGAAAACCUUCAGGCAGCUCAGCCACCUGCAGCAGCACACACGGAUUCACACGGGUGACCGGCCGUACAAGUGUAACCAUCCCGGCUGCGAGAAAGCUUUCACUCAGCUCUCCAACUUGCAGUCUCACCGCCGGCAGCACAACAAGGACAAACCGUUCAAGUGCCACAACUGCAACCGCGGUUACACGGACGCCGCCAGCCUGGAGGUGCACCUGUCCACGCACACCGUCAAACACGCCAAGCUGUUCUCCUGCGGCCUGUGCAACCGCUCCUACACGUCGGAGACGUACCUGAUGAAACAUAUGAGGAAGCACAACCCCGACGCGCUCACGGCGGCCGAACAGGCGCAGCGCUCCGGCGGCCGGGGCCGCGGACGCGGCAGGGGCCGGGGUCGAGGGGGCUCGCUCCAGGGCCCGGCCAACCCCAACAGCGCCGGCCCCCCCGGCGGAUACCAGCAGCCCGGCGAGGGAGUCAUCCCGUGCCCCUUCGAUCUGCACCAGUACAAGACGGUGGCGGCCGGCGAGAUCCAGUACAAACCGGGCACCGUGGCGGACCAUAAAGACCUCUGCCUCACUGUGUCCACGUCCGCCAUCCAGGUGGAGCACAUGAACUCGGAUCGCCCUAAAGACGCGCGGUGUUUUCACAACCACCACCAAGAAGCUUUAAGGCAGAGCGAGGCCCGCCGUGUCCAGUUUGUUUGCCCGCAUCAGAAGCGGCUUCUCCAUCACCCAUGAGGUGAGAGACUUCUCAGAGUUGUGGUUUCACCUCGUUUGGACGAAAUACAGACGCUACCUUAGGAGGCGGGGCGCAAUUCAUGACUGACUUGUUGCAAAAUCUAAUCCUACAAGGGAUACACAGUCAACCCCUUUUUUAAGGGGGGCCGGGGGGCUGUUCCAGACCCAGAGAUGUUCCCACCCCCCAACCUGAUUAUGAGCAAAGGCAGACAUUUUUCAUGUGAAAAAUCUCACGGCACACCACACCCCACCAAAUGAAUGUCACAAAAGUCGACGCAAUGAAAUCUCAACAAACUCAUUUUAAUUCUCGUGCUUGGUGUGAAAUGCCGGCCUGACUUGAUCCGUUCUUCGAAUGGCAACAUGUCAAUGGGGCAGGUGUCUUGUGCCUUCUGCCAUUUCAUGGAAGCACAUGCAUGUAAGAGUUCCGCCUGUCAUUAUAAGUCACUUGCAUCAAUCGAUUGAUUCUUAAUUAACUACGUUCAGACAAAUGAACGCAAAUGGCCUAUUUCCACCGCACGCUGUUUGGGAAUCAUCAAGAGACCCCAUACAUGCUUUAAAAGAGAGGAGAAAAAAAAACGUCAUAUAUUCGCACAAAAGAAAUGGCAAAAUAUUCAAUCAAACCACAAUUUCAUCUAGUGAAAGUCUGCUAGCUUCUCAAGGGUCACCAACAUGCACCCCUCCCACGACUUUGAGUAGCCUGAGGGCCUUUUCUAUAAAUAACUCCCUAGUAAUUUUUUUUUUGUAUGAUGCCAUUCAUUAAAAAAAAAAAGUGACACUUGACAAUGAACUAACUUGUUUGUUGUAAACGAAUACAUUGAUUUUUUUUUUUUUAAUAUAGUGUAGUUCAACGGUCUGUAUUGUAUUGCAUGACCCAACCCAUAGCGUUUGUGGAGACACCCUAGCCGGCGCAACGACGAGAUGAUUUACCCCAAGCAAAUUUGUUCAUUCGGAAGUGCCUAUCAAUCUGGUUGUGCCGGAAGCAACUCUCCGUUUGUAACACGUUGGUGACGCCUGUGUCGUGGUCAUUAUCAACCUGUAAAGAACUUUGACUUGGCAAACGGAGCCGCAACACAUUGUAACGGAGCGUUCUCGACGUAUCUUUCUUCUUCUCCGGGGAAUUGAAUUGCUCUACCUUCUUGUGGAUGAAUACCUGAAUCUUGUCAACGGGACUGUGGCUAGCUCGGGUAGCGUCUGUCGUCCUUGCGGGAGGCAUCAUCACGUGCGGCGAGAAAGACGAAGGUCCUGUCGCCGGCCACCGGCCGCUCAAAAUGGCUGUCGAGAGACGUUUGCCGAAUGCACUAAACCGGGCAGGGCUCACGAACUAAGCACUUGCUGAAACCCUGUAUGGUUGUCACCUGUACCUUUUUUUUUCUUUUUAAUAUGUUCGUAUUUUUGUACCGGCAGACAAAGGUGAGAGUGUGAAUGUGAUGAGAGGAACAGUGUUUUGUUUUUGUUUUUAUUGUUAACUAGUAGAAACGUUUGUGACCCUCUGUCGCAACAUUUCAGCAGCCAGUUGUUGGGGGAAAUCAUGAUUGUAUGACAAAAUGGCUGACAGGUACUGUUACUAUUAAUCUUAAACAAAACAAACGCACACAAAAAAAGCUUUUUUCGUGCAUACUAUGACUCUCAUUACAAUUGUAUUGCAAAUGUUAUCCACACUAUUAUCAACUUAAAGGCAUUAUUAUUAUUAUAUGGCAGUAUGCUGUACAUAAGAGUUUUCUGUAAAAGGGAAGCAUGUCCUGUGAAAAACAUUGCCCCCACCCCCUUUAAUUUUUUUUUUAAGACACAAUAACAAGCUUUCUCUGUGCAUUGGAAUUCAAGCAACAAAAAGUGAUAUUCAUCAAAUGAUAUUUGAACUGGAAUGAUCAACAAACGGUGAUAAUAUUUGGCAAUGUGAAGUGACCGUGAAUACAAUUUACGAUAUUUGUUCAUCUCGACUCACUUGCUGCGACACGUUUUCCUGCGUGUAUCCAUUGUCUUGCAUAGGAAAAAGUAUGAAUUACCAUUCAAGUUAUGGCUGAUGCUAACACAAUGAACCUCUUUAGCAUACUGUACGCUCACCCAGUGGGACUGUUUGAGAAUAAAGUUGGCAAACAGAUUUCAUAAA